AUGAGAGUGCACUUACAAGGUGACGUAUCUGCCGGCCGUUUCUCUGAACAACUUCUCGCGAUUGGAAAUGGCAAAAUACCUGCUGACCCAGUCAGUGGACUUAUUAAUAUUUCAGACAACUUUUGCAAUAUCGUUGAAUCAGUCGAAGAACUCAAGAAUAAAGUGUUUCCAAACAUUCAAACUCAGUACAAGGAUCACAAAUGGUUAUGUGAACGUGCUAUUCUGGCUCCGAAAAACGUCAAUGUAAAUGCUAUCAAUCUACAAAUACAGCAACAACUUCCUGGUGAAGCUAUAUCUUACAAAUCAAUUGAUACAGUUAAAGAUAUCGACAUGGUAGUUCAGUAUCCAACUGAGUUUCUCAAUUCACUCGAACCUUCUGGAAUGCCACCACAUAACUUGCGUCUGAAAAUUGGAUCAUCUAUUAUGCUCCUAAGAAAUCUGGAUGCACCAAGAUUAUGUAAUGGUACAAGGCUAUGUGUCAAAACUCUAAUGCCUCAUGUAAUCGAAGCAACGAUCAUGACAGGUUGUGCAAAAGGUGAAGAUGUAUUCAUACCAAAAAUACCUUUGCUCCCUUCUGAUAUACCAUUCGAAUUUACACGACUUCAGUUUCCAGUACGGCUUGCCUUCGCAAUGUCUAUUAAUAAGGCUCAAGGGCAAUCACUUAAAGUUGCUGGUGUCAAUUUAGAAACUCCUUGCUUUUCUCAUGGUCAACUUUAUGUGGCAUGCUCGAGAGUAGGAACUGGAGAGAAUUUAUAUGUUUUUGCUCCAGAUGGAAAAAACGAAGAACAUCGUGUACAAAACAGCUUUACAAUGAAAACUUCUAUUUUACUGUUUUUUUGCUUGAAAGAAGUUCAUCAAUAAAAAUAUAAAAAGGAAAAAAGUCUAUAACGGCUUUAAUGUGUUGAAUAUUAAAAUUAAAAAAGAAAAGAUUCGAGUGUAGCUUAUGAUAUUGCAGAUGAAUAGCUGUUGAGGACUGUGGCAACAUUGUAUUAUCAUCAAGGGGGAAAAAGCUGAUUUAAAUCACUCCAAAAUCAAAUUUAAAUCAUAUAAAUCACUUUUAAAUCAAUUAAAUCAAAUAAAUCAAAUAAAUCACUUUUAAGUCAAAUAAAUCAAAUAAAUCAGUUUUGAGUCAAAUAAAUCAAAUAAAUCACUUUUAAAUCAGAUAAAUCAUCUGAGGGUGUGGGUGUGGGUGUUAGCAAAUUAAAGAUUCACACCAAUACCCGCACCAACACCCACCCUCAGAAGUACAAUUGGAAGAACAUCAACAUCAUUUCA